CAUGCGCGUAGGACCUACUUUCGCUGUAUUAUGACCCUUCUAACAUUAGAUUGGAGAGGCUUGGGAAUUCCCCAGGACAACUCCUUUAGCGAGACGCAUUGACCUGUAAACAACGUUGCACGAGGAGUCUGUAAAAAGAGCAUAGCUAGCUAGCUAGCAACAGCUUUCGUAAUGGCUGGUAUUCAGCCCAGGUGCGAUUCUGCAAAGCAGCUUGCACCACAUAAACUUGGCUUCGGGAUCGACAAACACGAAACUCUGGGCACUUCUUCACCGGACGAUUGGUGUGACAGUGGGUUAGAGUGUCUGAGUGGACCAGCGCUGAGCCUGGAUGACCACUUCAACAAUGAAACAUCCCAAACCUGGAUGCCCAGGUCCCCUACUCACACGGCCUCUUACCCCUCAACGGAUGACACUGACAAGCACCCUAUGGACUGCAGUUCAGUAGGGUGUGGUGAGAGGUUGGACUCAGCUAUAGGGGACUCAAUUACAGAUGAAACAAUGGGGAGUAUAUCACAAGGCCUUGGGACAAUGCACUUGAAUGAACCGGUUAUCACUGACCUGGUGGAUGGCAGUGGGUGGCAGGCAGCACUGAGCCCAGAGGAGGAGAGACGGAGGAGAGAGGAGACGUUUAACACACUGAACUUUGUGUCUGAAGAUGGUGACACGGCUCUUCACUUGGCUCUUAUCCACGAGCACUUGGCCUUUGUACAGUACUUACUCGGGGUGAUCGCACUCGACCCAAGCUGGGUGCCAUACCUGGACAUCCAGAACCACUUAGGACAGACUGCCCUCCACUUGGCUGUGAUAGUGGACCAGCCCCAGUGUGUUCGAGGGCUGCUGUGGGGUGGUGCUGGUGCGGAGAUCCAGGAGAGGGGAGGCAACACCCCACUGCACCUGGCUGUCCGAGAGCUGCGGAGGGACUGUGUACGAGAGAUCACCUCCAACUGCCAGAGCACAGACUACCUCCACAUCUCCAACUACUCAGGGGUGAGUGCGCUGCAUUUGGCAGUACAGAGGGGCAAGGAGGACAUAAUCAGUAUGCUGAUUGAAGCAGGAGCCGAUGUCAAUCAGAGAGACCUGGGCUCCGGCCGCUCUCCUCUACACUGGGCCGUGGAGUCCCAGAGCCCCACGGUGGUGCAGCUACUGCUGCAGGGGGGAGCUAAUGUAGAGCAGCCCUCCUACGCCGGCCACACAGCCCUCUACUGUGCCCUGCACCGGCCCAACAAGGAGGUACAGGCCCUGCUCAAAGCCGGAGGGGCCUCUGAUGUACAGGCCCUGGAUGAUGAUGAAGACGAGGAGGAAGAGAGGGAGAGUGAAGAGGAAGAGUUUGACGACGUUGUUAUCAAUGGACAACGAGUGACCUAACUGUGACCAUGGUCACUGGGCCACGUGGGGUCCUGGCGCUGCUGUUGGGCUAAGAGAUAGAUGUGCUUUUGUGUUGGUGUGUUUUGGUUCCCGUAUGUACAGUGUGUGUGGUUCUUGUAUGUAUGCACAGUAUGUGUAUGGUUCCUGUAUGUACAGGUAAGCCCAAAAGUAUUCAUACCCAUGCCAAAUUUUGAGCUAUAGUGAAUUUUUAUUUGACUAAUAGGUUUCUUCUGGCUGGAAAUGACAUAAACAAGUGAUAAAACACGGUAAGACAUUGUGCUGGAGAUAGUAAUAGUUACGUUACUCAUUUGUAUCUGUUUUUUUGCAGAUCUUUAUGAAAAAUGCUAUUUCCAACAUUAUUCAUACCCCUUGAAAUUGUUGUAAAUUUGAGAAAAUGCACGUUUCUAUACCAUUUACAAUGGUCUUGUAAUUUCCACCACGAGAGAGCAUUCUAAUCACCUAUAAAUUGAGAACAGCGGAACAGCAGUAGUUCUCUAGUC